AUGAAAGAUGAUAUAUUAAUAGGAGCGAUGGUAGUUGUUGCAGUUGGAACUACAAACAAAGCAAAAGUAAAGGCAGUUGAAGACGCGUUGAGUUUGAUAUGGCCAAAUGAUACAACAAUACACAAAGUAAUUCCUGUUGCUGUGGUCUCUUGUGUACGAGCACAACCAAUGACCGAUGACGAAACCAUCGAGGGAGCUGUACAUCGUGCAAAAUCUGCUUUGUCACAAUCGACCGAUGACUCUGAAGUACAAUAUGGAAUAGGAAUUGAAGGUGGUGUUAAUAAAGUCGGUGAUCAUUGGUUUGAGUUUACUUGGGUAGUAAUUGUAGAUAGAAAAGGUAAUAAAGGUAUUGCAUCAACUUCAAGAUAUGAACUACCAACCAAAGUAAUGGAGCCAUUGAUAGCAGGAGAAAAAGAGUUAUCACAGGUAAUGGAUGAAAUCACUUGCACAUUCGAUGUUAGAAGUAAUCAAGGUGCGAUGGGUGUAUAUACAAACAACAUUUUAAAUCGAUCCUUAGUGUGUACACAUGCAGUUGUUUUUGCUUUUUCAAAAUUCUUUGUUAAAAAAGAAUAUUGGUAUUAA